GUGGGAAGCUCAGCAGCAUGCCCUAUAUAAUGCAAGAGAUGAGGGGGACCAGCUUUCAUUUCCACUGCAAAAAUGGGCUCCAGCAGCUUCCUGCUCUGCCUAGCGCUUCUAUUAUGUUAUGCAUACUGUACUCCAGUCUCUGUCGGGCAUCUCUCUGGCGGAGCUACUGCAGAUGCUGACGCUGGUGAUACAACCAAAGAUAUUCCAGACAUAAACUUGGCUGCUGGACUGGACCUCUUUCAGGGUGAUAUCAUGCUCCCUAAACAGCAGCGAAAUGCCAUAAGAAAUGAGAGCUACAGAUGGAACUUCCCCAUUCCCUAUAUUCUGGGCAAUGACCUAGAUCUGAAUGCCAAAGGAGUUAUUCUCCAGGCAUUUGAGAUGUUCCGUCUUAAGUCUUGCAUUGACUUCAAGCCAUAUGAAGGAGAGAAAACCUACAUAUUCUUUAUAAAAGGAAGCGGGUGUUGGUCCAUGGUGGGGGACCUGCAGACUGGACAGAACCUCUCUAUUGGGGCAGGGUGUGACUACAAAGCAAUUGUAGAACAUGAGAUCCUGCACGCUUUGGGAUUUUACCAUGAGCAGUCAAGGAUGGACCGAGAUGACUAUGUGACAAUCUGGUGGGAUGAAAUUCUUGCAGACAGAGAACACAACUUUCUGAAGUAUGAUGACAGCUACAUCACUGACCUGAACACUCCCUAUGACUACGAAUCAGUGAUGCACUAUGCACCGUACUCCUUUAACAAAAAUGACAGUAUCCCCACAAUCACAACGAAGAUACCAGCAUUCAAUGACAUAAUUGGACAACGUCUAGAUUUCAGUGCCAUCGACCUGGAAAGACUUAAUCGCAUGUAUAACUGCACUUCAACUCACACGUUUUUGGAUCAGUGUUCUUUUGAGCUUGAAAAUAUCUGUGGCAUGAUUCAGAGCACCAGAGAUGACCAAGACUGGGUCCAUCAGCAGAGCAGUGCUGCAGGGCAGGAAGACCACACAGUUUCUGGGCGCUGCAGUGAUGCUGGCUACUUCAUGUACUUUGACACCAGCUCUGGAAAUGCAGAGGAGGCAGCAGUCCUGGAGUCUCGAAUCCUUUAUCCCAAGAGAACUCAACAGUGCCUCCAGUUCUUCUAUAAGAUCACAGGAAGCCCUUCUGACAAGCUGAUCAUCUGGCUUAAGGAAGAUGAUGGGACUGGAGAUGUUCGCACGAUGAGGAAAAUUCAAACCUUUCAGGCGGAUAAUGACCAUAACUGGAAAAUCGCCCAUGUAACCCUCAGUGCUCAGAAGAAGUUCCGAUACCUCUUUCAAGGACUAAAGGGAAACCCCAACGAUUCAUCUGGCGGGAUCAUUAUUGACGAUGUCACACUGACGGAGACCCCCUGUCCCACAGCUGUGUGGGUCAUUCGGAAUUUCAGUCAAAUCCUUGAAAACCCAUCAAGAGACGUUAUUCAAAGUCCUCGGUUUUACAGUCCUGAGGGUUAUGCUUAUGGCAUAAGUUUGUAUCCCCAAUCCAGCACCAGUGGCUACACUCGCAUUGCCUUUCAUUUGUGCAGUGGAGAGAAUGAUGCUGUUCUAGAGUGGCCAGCUCUGAACCGCCAAGCCAUGCUCACAGUGCUGGACCAGGACCCUGACAUCUUGAAAAGGAUGUCUUCAAGCAGAAGUUUCACCACAAAUAAAGACCAGGUUAUAUCAGGUAGUAAUGGAACCAUAAUAUGGGGGAAACCAUCUACAACUGGAAAAUUUGAUAGCUCAUGCAAUUGCUAUAGAACUGUAGACUGGGGGUGGAACAGCUUCAUCUCCCACAGCCAGCUGAAACGUAGAAGCUUUCUGAAAAAUGAUGACCUGAUUAUUUUUGCAGAAUUUAAUGAUCUAACUCACCUCAAUAAUACUGAAGUCCCUGUUCAAUCAGAACAAUUUGCUGUCAUGGAAGGCUUCCCUUUUGAAAGGCAGAAGAGAGCUCUCCAGGAUAUGGAACCCGUUCAAGAUUGGCUGCCUUAUCAGCAAGACCCGUGUGUUCCAAACCCUUGCCAGAAUGAUGGAGUCUGUGUGAAUGUGAAAGGGAGACCGAGCUGCAGGUGCCCAUCAGGACAAACCUUCUUCUUUACAGGUGAGAGGUGUCAGUCAAUGCAGGUCCAUGGGAGCAUCCUGGGAAUGACAAUUGGUGGAAUUGCUGGAACCAUUGUCUUAACUAUCGUCCUCAUUUCCAUGAUGGCUAGAAGAUAAAGAUCUGCAGAGGGAUAAAUCUAAGUCUGGUGUUUUUCCAUAGUUCAUCAAACAUCAGUUUUCAGUGAAAAAUGAUGAAUACAACUUGUAGAAGACCAGCCAGCGCAGAGAUGUUGAAAUGCUCUGUCAGCAUUUUGCCAGCUGUUUACUUCAUGAGACUUGGCAAUUAAAAAAGAUCAUGUUGAACAGUUGUCUAAUAAAAGUUCAUACACUGAAUCUAGAAAUGUUCCUUCAAGAGCUACCCAAGAUAUCUAAAGGGUAAAAAUUCAUAGGUAAAUCAGUAUAUCAACACUCAUUUGCCAUGAAGCUAUGGUGAUUUACAAAAGCUGAGUAGCUAUUGUAUAAAAUUCACAGUAAAUUACUAUUACGCAUUUUUGGCUAGUUCUCUACCAGGGAAAUAAUUUCAUAUUAAAGCUAGUUGUCUUUCUAGAAAAUCCUGCAACAUAAGUUUUUCAAUUGUUCAAGUGUAAGUCUAUUGUCUGGUCAUAACCUUAAAGUUAUUUUAAACAUCUAUAAAAUUCUCAUGCAGGCACUGGAUGAAACUGGAGCACAGCAGCAGUUAUCAUAGGACAGGAUCUAUUGUGGUUGCCACUAAAUUCACAGCCCUCUAGAAAUAAUUGCCUCACAAGUCAAGGAGAAGGGUUGGGGUGUAUGAAAAUGAAGACUGGGUCUGUGACACUGGAGAUUUCUGGAUAAUGUGUUAACGCCUUACUGCAGAUGGCAGGAAGCCAGUGAUCCAAUAUGUCCCAAGAUCUCUGCUUUGUAGGACUCUGCACUUGAAACUUUAUUACCCAGGUUUUCUCAAAAAGCAGAACAAAAGAUGUUCAGAGUACAAAAGAUAAGUAAUCACAGAGGAUGAAGCUACCCUUUCAUUUAUCAGAUACCUGUCAUAAGGGAUGGCAGCUAACGAAAAAAUACACUCUCAUGACAGUUGGUUGUAAGCGGGGAGCUGGUUGCUGCUUAUAUUUACACUUGGCUUUGUCCUGAUGCUCACACCAGUCCUGUGUGGCAUGACAAACCAACCAAAUCAUUGUGUAUUAAAUUAAGGCAUUAUAAUUAUAUAUAAGGUGUAAGAGUAUCAAUCUGGAGUUAUUAAACCAUUUUUAAUG